GAAGGGGGCAGAAGAGGUCCUGUCCCCCCUGAUGAGCAAUGCAGAAUGAUGCAACAGAAGAAGGAUUGAUGCUUCACAUAAGUCAGAUUUGCAAUGAGUUUUGAGUGGCCCUGGCAGUAUAAUUUCCCCCCGUUUUUCACACUACAGCCCAAUGUUGACACCCGACAGAAGCAGUUGGCGGCUUGGUGCUCGCUCGCGCUGUCCUACUGCAGACACAGAAAGCUGUACACGCUGGACGUGCUCGAGGCCCAGGAGAGCCCGCUCUUCAACAACAAGAAAAUCAGUAGAAAACUAUCAGUGGAGGCGAUCCAGAUCAUCUUUGAAGAACUGAGGAAAAAAGGAAACCUGGAAUGGAUGGACAAAAACAAAAGCCGCUGCCUGAUCAUGUGGCGAAGACCAGAGGAGUGGGGCAAGCUCAUCUACCAAUGGGUCUCUAAGAGCGGCAUGACCAACUCAGUGUUUACCCUGUAUGAGCUCUCCAACGGUGAUGACACAGAGACCGAAGAGUUCCACGGGCUGGAGGAAGGGAUGCUCCUGCGUUCGCUGCAAGCGCUUCAAACGGAGGGCAGAGCCGAGAUCAUCACCAUGGACGACGGGAAGGGUGUGAAGUUCUUCUGAGGCGUGAAGCGAGGUGGAGCGCUUUUGGUGUGUGGCGGGGUUAAAGGUCACAUCACUCUGAUAGGAUGCUCUGAGUGGCCGAAUGGCAUCUGGGGUUAUAUCAUUUGUUUAUGUUUUUUUUUGUUUUCUUGAUUUUGUUGUUGUUUUGAUAAAAUGGGAAAGAGACACAACCAACACUCCACUGCAUCGCCAGAGAAAGACGGUUCGGUUUCCGCUCCUCCUGACAUAGAGGUCAAAAAAUAUAUUUUUUUUUCAGGAAUUAAUUCGGUGGCUUUUACACCCAAGAAAAACAUCUGAAAACAAAUGUGUGAAGAUGUCCCAGAAGCUUAGAUGUCUCUGAUGGCUCUGUCUUCACUGUCUGGCCAGGAAGUGACCUAGACUGACCUAGGAAGUGAAAAAUAUCAAUAGUGCAGUUCAGUCUUUUUUUCCACUCAUUUAGGCGAGAGGUUUUCUCUUUUGGCCGUUUACCUCUUCAUGAAGAGAAAAUAAAAGAAAACCCCAACCUCUCUCUGUCCAUGAGUCCCCUGAGCCUCCUUUGCUCUUUUGUACUCCUGUGUAGUUCUCUCCUGUCCAGUACUGUAGAGGCGCAGAGGGCCUCCCCUCCGAUAGCUCUUCUCUGUAUGACAGCAUCCCAAAGACUGCAGCAGCAGCAGCAGCAGCAGACCAGACGCAGCAGAAGGCAGACAUAGCUCUUUGGGAGACACAGAGUUCUAAAGACACACACACAAACACGUAAACACACACAUAAGCAAACACACCACACAUACAGGUAAACGCACACCCACACACACACACACAUACACAUACACACAUACAUACAUACAGUCCGUUUUUCUCACGUCUCCGUCUCGUUCUAUCUUGCUCAUUCUUUCUCUCUCUCUGCCUCCUUUUUUUUCUCUGUCCCUGUCUUUAUCUUUCUUAGCUUUUCUGGGACACACACACACACACACACAGUACACUAAAACCUCCUGGUAGCAUCUUGUACCUCUGUCUAUAUGUGUCUCUACCUUUUUUUUAACCAGUGGAAAUAAAGAGAUGAUGUCUUUGGUCAUCUUUGUAAAAUCCAA